UCGAACUCGAAAAAGUCGUAACCCGAGGAUUUUCAGUGCUAAGUUCAAAAUUUGUCGACCAAAUUUUCAAGAGGAUGAAUGACUUUUUGAAAGGAACUUCUUUCGUGAUUAUAGUGGCAGUUUUACACAUUCAAACAGAGGGCUUAGACAUUGGAAAAUGUUCUUUAAGCAGUUUUACAAAUGGAGGGAUGGCCUGUCAACGGGCAAUGAUGAUUGAGCUAAAGCUGGACCCCUCAAUGUCUUGCAGCCGUGGGCGCAGUGAACUCCAAACAUGCGUUCGAAAGCACGUAGAUGGUUGCGUAAAAGACGAUAGUCUUCUGAAAGACAUGGCCGGUCAGAUCACCGAUUUGAUGCUCUUGUAUGCGUACAACUGUGGGGACGAAAAAGUGGAUACAAGUAAUAUUGGUUCGUUCUUGUGGCUUAUCACAAAAUGCGUACCAGAACGUCUGAAGAAAGCUUACGAGUGCUGGAGAGAUUUCCACUCCGUGUUUAGUCAAUCAAGAAAUAACGUUUCUAAUGCAUGCGGGCCUUACGCUAAAGCAAAAGAGGACUGCAACGAGGUCGCCAGGGCAGCAUGUGAAGGACUCUGCGAUUACCUGGAAAAAGACAAUUACAACCCUUUCUGUGCUCCUGAUUUCAAAGACCCGGUUAGCGACACCAACCAGUCAGCUUGCAUGGAUCUUUACGCUAAACUGGAAUGCCCCAUCUGGCUCAUUUAUGAAGAGGCGAUGGAAUGCGAACAUGAAGGGGCUACUAAAUUCGCAAAUGAAGGUGAUCAUACCUGUAGUAAAGAGAACAAGAGGAAAAGACAAUGCCUGGAAAAGAGACUGGGCACUUGCAAGACAACCAUGAAAAACAUGGAUGAUACAGUAAAAGCUCUUGAAGCGACUUUGACCAAUGAGCGUUUGUUUUGCAACAACGUGAGCUUGGACACGAGUGAGCUGCAUCUUAGUGUGCUACCCCUUGUGGACUGUGAUGACGAGUUCUUUUACGAGGCAGAAAAAUGCGCUGUAUCUUUCCGUAAUACCUAUCAAACUUCAACAGCGGCGGACCGACAGAGCGGAGUAACUUGCAGCGUUUACAUGAAUGAUUAUCAGGAAGCCAGAGAGUGUAUCAACAAGAAUCGAAAAAUUCACUGCAAUUUCCAACAGGAAGUUCUCGACACCACCGCCAUAAUAAAGAAUCCCUUCUGUUCUCAUAGUAACACCAAACAUUCAAGUGCAUUGCCUCAGUUGAUUGUCAGCUUUGCGUCGCUCCUUCUAUUUCAUUCUGUAAAAUAAAUGCACCCCUCUGCCUCUCGUUUUAUGAAGCUGGGUCAGUGGUUUUUGCACACCCUGCUGAACUUAUAGGCAAAGGGAAAGGUGCAACCAUUGCACAACUACAUAGAAUCUAGAACUGCUUCAAGACAGUACGAGAUACUAGCCGAAAACGAUACAACACAAACUUACGAGGAUACAAUUUAUCUUUUAACAAAAAAUAAUGGAAAAUGUUGCGAAAUAUUCCGUUUCUUCCCAUGCACUCUCUCUGUUUUAAUUCGUACGGUUUUCAUGUAGGUCCUUAACCGUCCGUAGCGUAAGUCGAAACUUUCGACGCAUGAUUGAUCAUUCAGUUUCAGUCAUUCGGGUGGAGUUGAGCUUCAUUGUUACUAGAUACUCGUCGACCUGGGUGCGUGUACGAAUAUUUUUUGAAACUACGAAGAUAUUUCCGAUUAUCUGACUUCUUACUGCUAAUAUAGAAUCCCCUCGAACUAUAGAGACCAUAGC